AUGUUCAAAUUUGCAGUACCGAUGUUUCUCUUUCUAGGCUUCACAUUCUCUCUCUCCCCGGACGGUCUCUCCCUACUCUCUCUGAAAUCCGCAGUCGAGGGCGGCGCCGACGCGUUCCGCGACUGGGACGAAACCACCGCCACACCAUGCGAAUGGAGCGGGAUCACCUGCGCCAACGUCUCUGGCGACCCUCGGGUUGUCGGGGUCUCCGUCUCCGGGUGGAAUCUCCGGGGCUACAUCCCGUCGGAGCUGGGGUCACUGUUCUACCUCCGGCGGCUCAACCUCCAAGGCAACCGCUUCUAUGGGUUAAUACCUGACCAGCUCUUCAACGCUUCUUCACUCCAUUCUCUCAUUCUAUACGGCAACAACCUCUCGGAAAAUUUCCGAAACUGCCGGGAACUGCAAAGGCUGAAUCUCGCCGAAAACAGGCUUUCCGGCGAAAUCCCUGCCGGAAUAUUCUCGGAGCUAUCGAAUUUAGUCCAGCUUGAUCUUUCCUCGAACAAUUUCACCGGAUUAGUCCCUGAAGAUAUUGGCCAGUUGAAGUCUCUGUCUGGGGUUUUAAACCUCUCUUUCAAUCAUUUUUCUGGGAACAUUCCUAAUUCCAUGGGUAAUCUGCCGAUGACGGUCAGUUUCGAUCUCCGACACAACAAUUUCAGCGGCGAAAUUCCCCAGAUGGGUUCUUUUUCGAAUCAGGGUCCGAAGGCGUUUAUGGACAACCCAUUGCUCUGCGGCUUUCCCCUGCAAAAACCCUGCGGCGACAACUCGAGAACUACUCCAUCGACCGAAAAUUCCUCGCCGGCAACUGGAAACUCGGGUAUGCGAAAAGGUUUGAAGCCAGGUCUGAUUAUAUUGAUCUCGGUGGGCGACGCAAUUGUAGUCUCGUUCGUCGGCUUAAUCGUUGUCUACCUCUACUGGAAGAAGAAGGAUUCCCACGGUUGCAGCUGCACAGGCAAGGGAAAAUUCGGUGGGAACGAGAAGCCUAAGCUCUGUCUCUGUCCCUGCAUCAACGUGUUUUCGAGCAAUGACUCAGAGGCGAACUCCGAGAAUGGUGGCUCCGGCGGUGGCGGGGGCGCCAGUGCCGGCGAGGGGGACCUGGUGGCGAUCGACAAGGGGUUCAACUACGAGCUGGACGAGCUGCUGAGAGCGUCGGCCUAUGUGUUGGGAAAGAGCGGGCUGGGGAUCGUGUACAAGGUGGUGCUCGGCGGCGGAGUCCCAGUGGCCAUCCGGCGGCUGGGAGAGGGCGGCGAUGAGCAGAUGCACAAGGAGUUCGCGGCGGAAAUGCAGGCGAUUGGGAAGGUGAAGCACCCAAACAUUGUGAGGUUGAGAGCUUAUUAUUGGGCGCCCGAUGAGAAGCUUUUGAUCAGUGAUUUCAUCUCGGGUGGCAACUUGGCUUCUGCUCUAAGAGGGAGACCCGGCCGCGCACCUUCCGCCCCACUCUCCUGGUCCAGUAGGCUCAAGAUCGCAAAGGGCACAGCCAAGGGCUUGGCCUACCUCCAUGAAUGUAGCCCCCGGAAGUUCGUGCACGGGGACAUCAAGCCGUCCAAUAUCCUCCUCGACAACGAAUUCAAUCCCUACAUUUCCGAUUUUGGCCUAAACCGCCUUAUCGCCAUCACCGGAAACAACCCCUCCUCCUCCGGGGGCUUAAUCGGCGGGGCCCUCCCCUACCACAAGCCAGCCCAGUCCGAUCGGCCCAACAACUACCGGGCCCCAGAGGCCCGGGCCCAAGGAUCCCGGCCCACCCAGAAAUGGGAUGUGUACUCAUUCGGAGUGGUCUUGCUGGAAUUGCUGACGGGGAAGUCCCCGGAGUUCUCCGCUCCCGCCACGUCGACUUCCUUGGAAGUGCCGGACAUGGUGAGGUGGGUGAGGAAAGGUUUUGAGGAGAAGAAGACAGUUUUAGCCAUGGUUGACCCGGUUUUGGUUGAAGAAGUACAACCUAAUGUCAAGGAGGUGGCAGCCGUGUUUCACGUCGCCCUGGCUUGCACCGAGGGGGAUUCCGAAGUUAGGCCCAGGAUGAAGACUGUCUCAGAAAAUCUUGAAAGGAUUAAGACAUAA